AUGGAAUUUAAUGGAACUGUAGAUGAAUAUGAUGAAUAUGGUUGUCCUAUUAUGGGCUAUCCGCAUGCCGAUUUUACACAGAUAACUUCUGUUUACAGUGUACUUAUUGUAGUUUAUGUAUUAAUUAUGAUGAUGGCAAUCUUUGGCAAUAUUCUUGUAAUAUGGACAGUUUGGAGAAAUGCGCACAUGCACACUGUAACAAAUUAUUACAUUGUUAAUUUAGCAAUUUCUGACUUUUUGGUGGCGUCCAUCGAUAUGCCGCUCAAAUUGUUGGAGUAUACCUCACCAUGUCAAUGGCGCAUCUUUAACAGUGACAAUCUGUGUGCUUUUUUGUCUUACACAUUGCCAAUAUUCGUGUUUGCAAGUGUUUUAACAUUGGUUGCCAUAUCUCUAGAGAGAUAUUAUGCCAUUGUGCACCCAUUAUCCGCCAUGAAGGUUAAUAGUAAGUCAAGAACAAAGAAAAUUAUUGCAGUUACUUGGGUCAUUCCAAUAGUAGUGGCAUCACCUUAUCUUUAUUGUAAAAAUUAUGUAUUUACAAUUUAUAGUGAUUAUGGCAUGAUUUCACGCCAGAUAUGCUCAGAUAGGUUUGAUGAACUAGACGGCAAUACGGGAACAUUUAGGAGAGUUUUCUUUAUUCUUUUAUUCGUCAUUAUGUAUUUCCUACCCAUGAUGAUAAUCAUUGGAACUUGUACAAAAAUAGCCAUGUGCUUGCUUCGACCGAUUGUGAUUGAGAAUACCCAUCUUCGAAGACGUGAUUCAAAACGGAGAAACGAAGUAAAUAAACGCAAGGUAGCAAGAAUGGUAAUUGUAGUUGCAGUAGCAUUUAUCGUAGCUUGGUCACCACAAUAUUUUGUUAGCAUUAUAAGUCAGCUUCAAGAAUCAAGUUUCUUACGGGAGGAGCAGUUUCUUUUUACAAUGCUGAUGACACAUCUGUUCGGAUUCAUCAACAGUUGUGUCAAUCCAUUCAUUUAUACGGCUAUGAGUGAAAAGUUUAGGAAAAGUUUCCGGCGAACUCUUGGAAAAGUAUUCUGCAACUAUUAUUGCAGACAGCGACUGUUUUAUAGAGGAAGUAUGUCCCAAAGGCGUUCAACAGCUAUCACUACUCACGCGUCGUCAUUUACGGAUCCCGAAGCAGAACCGUUGCGAUCCGAUUCAAAUUUUCCUCGUUACAAACUUCAAGUUAAGGCUACACCUUCACGUAGUAGUAGCAGUGAUGGAAAUUCAAGUUGUCGAUCAAACAGUCGAUUGACUAAAAACGCAACAGGAAAUUCAAAAGAAGCAUGUAACGGAGAUGAAAAUAUUGUAGUAAAUCCUAAACAAUGUCAUGUCAGGUUUAAACCUAAUCAUAUCGACAUUCCAGAUUCAGAUUCUAUGUCCGGCAUUAAAACAUUCUCGACAGAUGACAAUCCUACCAUGUUACAAAAAUGCUCUAGGAAAUCACCAAUUACUACAAAUGGAUGUGCGUAUCAUGGUAAAGACUCUGUUGAUUCAUUUUCAUGAUUAAAUCCAUUUCAUAACGUGUAAUUGGUCCCUGGAAUUAAUCUGUGAUAGAAUAUUCUGGAUUGUAGAUAGAUUAUUUAUAGUUAAAAAAAACAUAUCAAAUUUAUAACUUAACAGGAACGUCCGUAUUAUUUGUUUUAUGUACAGAUUGUUGUAUUCAAUCAUAAAGUAUUAUUUAUUAAA